ACGAAAACUACGACAUUAUAAAUACAAGUUGCGCCCAAGCGCGCCCGAGUGUGUGAACGGACGCCUUAGCCAACGCAAACGCGGGAAAUUUGACAUUUGCGUUCGGAAAAUUUGCCGCCAUGUUCCUUUUGAAGGCACUACUCUUCGCAGCAGCGUGUGCCUGCGCCGCUUCCCAACAAGGGCCGACCACGACCCCAGUCCCGAUACUCAAGCAGAUAAACAAACAAAACGACGACGGCUCCUACAGCUUCGGGUAUGAAGCAGCAGACGGUUCUUUUAAAAUCGAAACGAAAUACCCCAACGGGGAUGUAGCAGGGAAAUACGGUUAUGUGGACGAAAAUGGGAAGCUGAGAGAGGUGUCCUAUGGUGCUAGCAGUCAGAGAGGAUUUGAGCCUGAAGGAACCGGAAUCAUGGUACCACCACCGACGCUAAACGACCCAUCCUCCCACAACGCGCUCACCGACGGCCAAGAAGAUGACGGUCAAUACAGAGAGGACCCUAAAAUCUACGAAGACCCUAAAUACAACGGACGCGCGACAGGCAGACCCGCGUUCAGGCAGUUCCAGAAGGCCGUUCAACCAGAAUACCAAACGCAGCCACAGACGUUCCAACAACCUAAAACCUACCAACAACAGACCUACCAACCUGCUCAAACUUACCAACAACAGACCUACCAACCUGCUCAAACUUACCAACAACAGACCUACCAACCUGCUCAAACCUAUCAAUCACAGGCCUACCAACAGCCGCAGAGGUACCAAGAACCCCAAACCUACCAAUCACAAACUUACCAGCCUCAAUCGAGCUUCCAGUUCCAAUCUCCCCAGCCUUCCAACCGCUUCGCUCAGCAGAGCCAAGCGCCCCAGCAGUUCCCUCAAAGCCAGGUAUACCAUCAACAACCGCAGUUCUCCUACCAGGCAUAUACCCCACAACCAUACCAAAACUACCAGAGCCAAAACUUCAACCCCUUCUCUGGUCACCCCGCACAAAACUUCGACCCCAACACUGGCUCUUACUCUAUUAACUUCACUGGAUAAGUUCAAUGGCCUUACGCAUUAACGUAAAGAUGCGUUUUAAAAGCUUAGUAUGUAUCCAAAGUGUAAAGUUAUUGUGGUAGUAAUCUUUGGUUACAUUCGUUUUAUUAUUAUAUCUUCUACCAAUUAAUGUUGUCUAAAAUGACAUGAAACGAUACUCUCAUAGUUAUAAAUUGAAUGAAAUUUAUAACUAUGAGAGUAAUAGAGAUUGAAUUUAAAACUAUGAAAUGAACUGCAUUGAAUAAUAAAAACAAACAAAGAAAACUAUAAAACAUUAUUAGUAAGCGAUUUUCGUAAUAAAGCGAAUGCAGCCAAAGUAAUAUUAUAAUACGUGUAUAGUAUAAUUAGUACUAGUCAAUAAUAAGCUGCAAAAUUAUCGGUACAGUAAGUUUUAUUUAAAUUAUUAUUUGUUAUUCUGUGUUAUACUUGUAAUACCGUACAAAUAGAUAGGAAUGCAUAUUGUUUAGUAACUGAAAUAUUAGUGAAAUUAUAUGAAUUUUUAUACGUUUUAUAUGCAAAUUAUGACCAUAUUCUUUCAAUAUACUUACUUACAUUUACGUAUAUUCUUAUUUUAUGUAUGUUUAUUAUAUUAUUUAUUUAUUAUAUUUUUACAUAUUCUCAUCUAUAUCAAACAUUCUGCAAUACAUUUACAUAUUCUUAAUUAUAUCUAUUCUUUUAAGUAGUUUUAUGUAUGUAUAUACUUAUCGUAUAUGUAUGUGUAUUAUAUCUUAACAUAUACAAUUUAUAUUAUACGUAGUUGACACUAUUACCACCCGAAAUUGUAUGUAUUCAGAAUAGAUAUUGUACUUUUUACUUCCAGCCAAUAGCUAAAAAGAAUUCAUGUUUUUUACAUAUUUAAAUACAUCUGGAAAUAUCUAGACUUUCCAAUAGAUUAUGAAAUUUAAUACAAUACGUAAUAUAUCGUUAUAUAUGUAUAUAAACAUGCAGACUGCGUUGCCAUCAUACGUGUCAGGAUUUCCAAUGACAAUAAAGAAUUGCAUAAUAUUA